AUGUGUAAAAUGACUGAUAAAUUAAUUAAAAAAUCCGUUGAUGAAUUUUACACAGAUGGCGCUCAUUAUUGGGCUGAAGUGCCUGCAACGGUAGAUGGAAUGCUUGGAGGGUUUGGACAUAUCUCACAAGUAGACAUUCGGGGUUCAAAAACUUUUAUAAAGCAGCUCCUUACAUCAAAAUCACCACCUGGAAGAGACUACGCUUUGGAUUGUGGAGCUGGAAUAGGGCGAAUAACAAAGUUUUUAUUAACCAAUGUAUUUAAUAAAGUCGAUUUAGUGGAACAAAACCCCUUGUUUUUGGAUCAGGCCAAAAAGUAUUUAGGAACUCAGUUGGACUUAAAAAUAGGGAAAUAUUAUGCAGUUGGGUUGCAGAAUUUUGAUCCUGAACCCUGUAAAUAUGAUGUUAUAUGGAUACAAUGGGUUUUGGGACAUUUAACCGAUGAGGAUUUUAUUAAGUUUUUUCAAAAAUGCCAAAAAGGUUUAAAAGAUAAUGGGUACUUCAUUGUUAAAGAAAACAUUACUUCAAACAAUGAAAUAGAAAUGGAUGAACAGGAUUCUUCAGUAACUAGGCCCAUGUUAUUGUUAAAAGAAUUGUUUAAAAAGGCGAAUUUAGAGGUUUUUAGGCAAGAGAAACAGACAAAUUUUCCUAAAGGUAUUUAUUCUGUUUAUAUGUUUGCUUUAAGGCCUAAAAAAUCACAAGAAAUUGAUGAUUUAAGUGAUACAAAAGUAUUAGAAACCGAAUUAAAAAAUAAUGUAGGUACCUAACUAUGAAUGA